AUGUUCCGAUUGCUUGUACAGGUCAAGCCGAAAAAACGCAUUCCUGCACGGUCGAACAAGAAAAUUGAAGAAGUAGUUGAUCUUGAGAAGGAAGAGAUGGAUGCAUUAGCUCUGAAUGUUGCGCGUGAAGCACUGCUGAAUCCUGGUCCUGAUUUGGUCGUAUGUGAUGAAGGUCAUCGCAUAAAAAAUGAAAGAACUGGAAUAGCAACCGCCUUAAGUGCAAUCAGAACAAGACGGCGGAUUGUAUUGACCGGUUAUCCGUUGCAAAAUAACCUGAUGGAGUAUUUUUGCAUGGUUGAUUUCGUACGGCCGUCUUAUUUGGGUUCAAGAAAAGAAUUUAGUUCCAUGUUUGAAAAACCGAUCAAAAACGGGCUGUGUAUCGAUUCGACACCGUCUGAUAUCAAAAUUGCACGUCAGCGUACUCAUGUUCUUGUCGAAUUGCUGAAAGGUUUCGUGCAACGGAGGACGCAUCAUUUGCUCAAAAGCAUUUUGCCACCAAGCAGUGAGUUCGUUCUUUUGCUGCGUAAGAGUCCGAUCCAGAGAAUCCUCUAUCGCGCUUUUCUUCAAUAUGCACACGCUGAGAUCAACAUAAACGGCACGGCCAUCUUCAAUCCACUUAAAGCUUUCGCCGUUUGCUCAAAAAUUUGGAACCAUCCCGACAUUUUAUAUGAAGUUUUUGAAAAACGAAAAGCUGAAGGAGAAGUUGAAAUGGGUGAGAGAAAUUCACAACCGCCCGCACCAAAUGUGCUCACUGAUAGUUUAUCAGAUCCAGCACUCUCAUCCACGUUGAUUGAUCCGUCGACUCUGCCUUCGGCACUGAAUGAUCCAGCGACACUACAGACUUCUCUGGAUAAUUUCAAUUACGACAGUAAAUCGUUCUUUGAUGAGAAAUUUUCUGCUGCUGAUCUGGAUACGAUUUUGCAAGACACUUCCGGCACCUCUCCAUUGGUUGAAGAGGCCUGUCAGAUGGUGCCAUUAUGUAUGUCACCUCUUUUGCUGUCUCAUUGUAGCAGUAGCAGGUCUGGGAUGUUGUUAGUCAAGGCUGGACAGUUCCCGCCUUCUUCAUUCCCGCCAAAUGAGACUUUUGUUACGAAUGAUACUCGCAAAACGAACACCCGGGGGAAGCAAACAGCGACAAUUGCUAGCGCUUUACUGGAGGAGUUGAAUCUCGACAAAGGCAUCAAAUAUGACUGGGCUACAUUUGCGUUGCAUAAUUAUAAAAUCGGCAUUGUUGAGAAUGGUUUCAAAAUGGUUGUAUCCUUAGCAAUCAUUGAACAGGCUGUUAUGAAUGGCGAAAAAGUGCUGCUGUUCAGGUUGUUCUGA